AUGUCGGAAAAUGUGGUCUGGUCUCUCAAACAAACCAGACUCCGAUCACUUGCUUCAAUGUUGAGAAAAACUCUAACUUCAAUCCGACAACAAAGAAGACAACACUUCUCAUCGUCUUCUCCUCCUCCUCAAGAAACUCCAUCCCUUUACUCCUUCCUCAAACCAUCUCUCUUCUCCAACAAACCUAUCUCCCUCACUCCCUCUCCUCCUCAACCCUCCAAAACCCUAACCCCCGACCAAAAAUCCUCCCUCGAAUCCACCCUCCACCACUCCCUUACCAUCACCCACGACACAGACGAAGCAUGGAAAGCCUUCAGAUCCCUAACCGCCGCCUCUUCCCUCCCGGAGAAGCCUCUCCUCAACUCCCUCAUCACCCACUUAUCCGAAUCCAACACAAGGCUCAAACGCGCCUUCGCCUCCGCCGCUUACGUCAUCGAGAAAGACCCAACCUUUCUCGAACCCGACACUCUCCUCACUCUCUUCCGAUCCAUGAAACUCGCCAAAGCUCCUUCCCCUGCUUUGGCUUUAGUCAAGUGUAUGUUCAAAAACAGGUUCUUCGUUCCGUUCCAUCUCUGGGGGAGUCUAAUCAUCGACACCUGCCGCGAAACCGGCACUUUAGUUCCCUUUCUCAAACUCUUUAACGAGAGCUGCAGAGUCGCGAUCGAUGAGAAGCUUGAUUACAUGAAACCUAAUUUGGAAGCUUGCAACGCGGCUCUCGAAGCGUGUUGUCUGCAUCUAGAGUCUCUACCCGAUGCCGAGAGUGUGAUUGAGUUGAUGUCUGUGAUUGGUGUGAACCCUGACGAGUCCACCUUCGGGUUUCUCGGCUAUUUAUACGCGAGAAAGGGACUCAAGGAGAAGAUAAAGGAGAUCGAGAGUUUAAUGGAUGGGUUUGGGUUCGUUAGUAAGAGAGUUCUUUACUCUAAUAUGAUUAGCGGUUAUGUUAAGGUCGGUGAUUUAGAGAGUGUUUCCGAUGUUAUACUACAAAGUCUUUGUAGUUUCAGUAAAGAAACGUAUUGUGAGAUUGUGAAAGGGUUUAUAGAGAGUAAGAAGGUGAAGAGUUUAGCUACACUGAUAAUCAAAGCACACAAGCUGGAGGAGUCUCUGUGUAUUGACGUUGACAGAUCAGUUGGGUUUGGGGUUAUAAACGCUUGUGUGAAUCUCGGAUUCUCUGAUAAAGCACAUAGUGUACUAGAGGAGAUGAUUGCUCAGGGAGGAGAAGUGGGACUUGGUGUCUACUUACCGAUCUUGAAAGCCUACACCAGAGAGUACAAAACUUCUGAAGCCACUCAGCUUGUUACGGAGAUCAGCGGUUGUUCAGGUCUGGAGCUAGAGGUUGAGAUCUAUAACGAGUUGAUAGAAGCGUCUAUGACCAACCAGGAUUUCGUCUCGGCGUUCACGUUGUUUAGGGACAUGAGAGAGGCGAGAGGUGUGGAUUUGAAAGGGAGCUACUUGACGAUCAUGACGGGGCUUCUUGAGAAUCAGAGACCUGAGUUGAUGGCGGCGUUUCUAGACGAAGUUGUUGAGGAUCCUCGUGUUGAGGUGAAGUCACAUGACUGGAACUCGAUCAUCCACGCGUUUUGUAAGUCCGGGAGGUUGGAGGACGCGAGGAGGACGUUCAGGAGGAUGGUUUUCUUACAUUACGAGCCUAAUAACCAGACCUACUUGUCGUUGAUCAAUGGAUAUGUUAGUGGGGAGAAGUACUUCAACGUGCUGAUGCUGUGGAACGAGGUCAAAGGGAAGGUGUCGUGUUUUGAUGAUGGUGAUGGGGAGGAGAGGAAGAGGUCGAAGCUGGAUCAUGGUUUGGUGGAUGCGUUCUUGUAUGCGUUGGUGAAGGGAGGGUUCUUUGAUGCGGCGAUGCAGGUGGUGGAGAAGUCUCGGGAGAUGAAGAUAUUUGUGGAUAAGUGGAGGUAUAAGCAAGCGUUCAUGGAGACUCACAAGAAGCUUAGGUUGCCGAAGCUGAGGAAGAGGAACUACAAGAAGAUGGAGUCUCUUGUUGCGUUCAAGAACUGGGCUGGUCUCAGCACAUGAUAAAGGUUUUCAGGCUACAUUGCUGUUACUUCUUUAAAACCUUAGUGAUUGUGUUCAAUCAUAAAAGCGAUAGCUUAAUAAAAGGGUUUUGCUU